GACGUGGCGUGAAGUGAUUUCGCUGACGGGAAUAUAUUUAUAAGAGCCAAGUUCAACAAGACCAUCUAAAACAUCGGUGAAAAUGGAACCGUUUAUGGAUGCGUACCUAUCGAUUGACCGGAGGCAGCGUGGAUGGAUUACUGAACAGGACCUGGAAACCUACGUAAAACGUAACAAACUGGAUCCCUCAAUGAUCACUCUUGCAGACAUAGAAAAACGAAGAGAAGAACAUGGACCAGCAACACUGCAUCCGGAUAUCAAUGUUAUCUGGGAGAACAUGGCUCUCAGAGACCAAAUAAUUCUCGGAGAAGAAACAGUCUUUGAAUUUAGAUCCAUCAGUUCGGAGGAAGAUAUGACAAAGCUGAGCGAUAGUUUGAAAUCGUUCGCCGACAGACAGCUAGGAGGUGUCUGGCAGGUGGUGAUUGUUGAUGGUUCCUACUGGACAACUCAAACAUUCCUACCGAAUAUGGCCUUCCAGUUUGAAUUGUACGGUCGGGCCUAUUUAUUUUGGCAGACAUCGGAAGAUGAGCCAAACAUCAUCAAAACCUAGAAUGAACACACAUUUUCACCUAUGUUAUAGAACAUUCAGUAAAGACAAAAACUAGUUUGUCAUAAUAUAAUAAUUCCUUUUGCUACUGAAAACUUAAAAGACAACUGUUUUAAUUUUCUUCUGCAGCUGUAUACCAAUUGAAAACCUGCCAGUGAUACAAUCCGUCUCAUACAGGCUGUCUGCACGCGCAAGCAUCACCUGAAAAGCCGCUCUGUUCCAAGACUUACUCAGGCUUGCUGACCUUGAGGGUCUUGAUUGUGAGGCAAAAGAUUAAAGCAACAAAUACCGACUAAAGCGCAAUUACAGAUCUGUUGUUUGAUCCGUCGGACAGAAAAAAAUUUAACAGUUCAAAUACA